AUGGUAACUAGUAUACCUAACUGGACUAAAAGAUGGAAAAUUGUUGAACAUUUAACUGACGAAAAAGAAAAUAAUAAUAAUGAUCAUAAAGAUAAAGAUAUAUUAAAGAUCUUACAUAAAAAUAUUAAGAAAGGAAUUAAAUCAAUAAAUGGAUUUAAAAAAUUCUUCCCUAUUCAAUAUAAAGUAAUACCAUAUAUAUUAAAAGGAAUUAAUAAGGAUAGAAAUAGCUUAUAUUCAAGUGAUAUAUGUAUAUCGGUUCCCACUGGAGAAGGUAAAACUUUAUGUUAUGUAAUACCUAUAAUUAAUUAUCUUCAAUCAAAGUCAUUUCAACAUUUAUCAUCUUUAAUAUUAGUACCAACUAGAGAAUUAGCAAAUCAAAUAAAAAAUACCUUUAUAAUAUUUUCUAAUAAAUAUAAAGGACCAUAUCCUAUUCGUUUAAUGACAUUGACAGGUCAAUCAUCAUUCUCAAUAGAAUUACAGCAAUUAAAUCAUAUAAUACCAGAUAUUAUUAUUUGUACACCAGGAAGACUUUAUGAACAUUAUUAUCAUCUUUGUUCUCUAGAAAAUUUAAAUAAUAAUCAAAUACCAAAAAUAUUUCAAUAUAUACGUUUUAUAAUUAUAGAUGAAAUUGAUCGUUUAUUAUCUCAAUCAUAUAAUGAUUGGUUAGAUAUUAUUAAUUGUAUAAAUAAACAAAUAUAUAUAAAUACAAAUAAUGGUGAACUUGGAAUGGGAAUUAAAAAACCAUUAUUAAUAUUAUUAUCUGCAACAAUGGCAAAUAUUCAUUAUAAACUUAAUGAAUUACAAUUAGUUAGACCUAUUUAUUUUAUAAAUUCAACUCAUGGUGAAUCUAAAAUACCAUCUAAAAUAAUUCAAAAAUAUAUUAAAAUAGGAGAAAAUGAAGAUAAAUAUUUAAUAUUAUUAUCUUUAUUAUAUGAAUUAUAUUUUAGUAAUAAAAAUAUUUUACAAUAUAUAAAUAAAACUAAUAUUAUUAAUAAUAAUAAAGAUAUUUUAUUAAAGAUUAUUGUAUUUUGUUCUACAAAAGAUACAGCACAUAAUUUAACAAAAUAUCUUCAAUAUCAAUUUAAUAAUAUUAAUAAAGAAGAUAUUUUAUAUUUAAAUAAUUAUAAAGAUAAAGAUGAAAAUUAUUUUGAAGAUAAUAAUAUGGAAUAUAAAAAUUUAAAAGAAUUAGAUUAUAAUAUGGAUAUGAUGAAUACUGCUCCAUUAUUGAAUAUAAAAAUAGAAGAAUUUUCUAGUUAUUUAAUGCAGAAAGAAAGGAAUCGUUUAAUAAAAGAAUUUUCUAAAAAUAAAUAUAAUAUACUUGUUUGUUCAGAUAUAUUAUCUCGUGGUAUUGAUAUUUCAGAUAUUGAUAUAGUUAUUAAUUAUGAUGUUCCUAUCAAUUGGAAAGUAUAUAUACAUAGGAUUGGUAGAACAGCUAGAGCUGGUAAAGUUGGAUAUACAUUUACUCUUGUAGAUAAAUAUCAGAUGAAUUAUUUUAAGAAAUUAAUAAGAAAUAAUCAUAAAUUUAAUAAUCCUAAGAUACAGAAACAAUAUUUAUCAAUUAUGAUUAAACCAAAGUUAUUAACGAAUUCUAUAUAA